GGCCCAUGCGGCCCACAAACAAACUCCACACCGAGGCCUAGCCCUAGCCAACACGCCGCGCACGCAGGCACUCCUCAUCAAGCCCGCCGCCGUCCGCCGCCUCUUGCUCCCACUCCGAUUGCGCGGCGCUCUCCUGCGCCCCCCGUCGCCGCUCCUCGCGUUCCACGUGUCUCGCGCAUUCGUCUCCCCCGCCUUGUGACCCAGCCCUUCGCCCCCGCGCUGUUCCUCUCCAGGUCCUCCGUCUCCUCCUCCUCCGCACGCGAGGAUGCUCGACAUUAACCUCUUCCGCACCGACAAGGGGGGCAACCCGGAGCUCAUCCGCGAGUCGCAGCGCAGCCGCUUCGCCACUGUCGAGCUCGUUGACGAGGUCAUCGCCCUCGACAGGGCAUGGCGCGACAGGCAGUUCGAGCUGGACAAGAUCAGGCAGGAGCUCAACGCCACCAGCAAGAAGAUCGGCAAGCUCAAGGCUGCCAAGCAAGAAGAGGAAGCGAAGAAGCUGAUGGAGAACACGAACGAGAUCAAGGACAGGUUGGCUGCCAAGGAAGCUGAGGUGCAGGAGGCCAAGAGCACCCUCGACGCCAAGCUCACGACUAUUGGCAACAUCGUGCAUGAAUCCGUGCCCAUCAGCGACGACGAGGCAAACAAUGCAACUGUACGGACAUGGGGUGAGAGGAGGUUGGAGGAAAACUUGAAGAAUCAUGUGGAUCUUUGCAGGAUGCUUGACAUUGUAGCUUUGGAGAAGGGUGCUGAUGUGGCUGGUGGAAGGGGUUACUAUUUGAAGAAAGAAGGUGUCCUCCUGAACCUGGCAUUGAUAAAUUUCGGGCUAGCUUUCCUGACGAAACGAGGCUUUGAGCCAAUGCAAACUCCCUUUUUCAUGAGAAAGGAGACUAUGGGAAAAUGUGCCCAGUUGGCCCAAUUUGAUGAAGAGCUUUACAAAUUAACAGGUGAUGGAGAAGAAAAGUAUUUGAUAGCAACAUCGGAGCAGCCGUUGUGCGCUUAUCAUCUAGGAGAUAGAAUUUAUCCCGCUGAACUGCCAAUCAGAUAUGCUGGAUACUCCACCUGCUUCCGGAAAGAAGCUGGUUCGCAUGGAAGGGACACGUCUGGCAUCUUCAGAGUCCACCAGUUUGAAAAGAUUGAACAAUUCUGUGUUACUGGCCCAAAUGGCAAUGAUUCCUGGGAGAUGCAUGAAGAGAUGCUUAAAAAUUCAGAAGAUUUCUAUAAGGAGAUUGGCCUACCUUAUCAGGUUGUUUCUAUUGUUUCCGGUGCUCUUAAUGAUGCUGCAGCCAAAAAGUAUGAUUUAGAAGCUUGGUUCCCUGCAUCAAAAACCUACAGAGAAUUAGUGUCUUGUUCGAAUUGCACAGACUAUCAAGCUAGGAGGCUUGGAAUAGGCUACGGCCAGAAAAAGAAUGAUGAGCAAUCCAAGCAGUUUGUUCAUAUGCUCAACUCUACGUUGACUGCCACUGAGAGGACUCUUUGCUGUAUUCUUGAGAACUACCAGAGGGAGGAUGGUGUUGAAGUGCCGAAGGUGCUGCAACCAUACAUGGGUGGAAUAGAGUUCCUUCGUUUCAAGCAACCUCUGGAUGGCAAACAAGCUGCUGACUCCAAAUCAAAUAAGCCCAAAUCAAAGGGAAAUGCUGCUUGAGCUGGAUGAUGGACGAGCAAUUCACACUUUUGGGAACUGAUUGAUAUGGUGCAUCCUUGUAUUAAUUUUGUGGGUCUUUCAGUAUUUUAUAGCAUGAUCAUGGUGUUGCAGUUUUGGUGUAACCAUUUUUUUGUGUCCUGGUUAAAACAGUAUCUGGUCAUGUACUUGCACACUGAUCUUGCAAAGGACGUCUUGCGAUUAUGGAUAUUUGCGUAUAAUUUACUAAAAGGAGUGUAGUUUCA